AUGACCAAGAAGGUGCUGUGCAUGAACCCGGGCCCCAUCGAGUUCGAGCCGCGCGUGCUCAAGCCUUUCGCCAUGCAGGGCAUCUCCCACGUGGACAAGACGGUCAUCGACGUGUUCGGCCAGUGCCUCGAGAAGAUGCGCAAGGUCUUCCUGGCCCCGGAUGGCCAGCCGCUGGUCGUGGCCGGCUCGGGCACGCUCGGCUGGGACAUGGUGGGCGCCAACCUCGUCAACAAGGGCGAUGACGUGCUCAUCGUCAACAACGGCUACUUCGGUGACAACCUGGCCGACUGCCUGGAGCGCUACGGCGCCAAGACCACCCACGUCCGCGGCAAGAUUGGCUCGCAGCCGUCGGUGGCGGAGCUGGAGAAGGCGCUGCAGGCCGGCGUGAGCUUCAAGCUGGUGACGAUCACCCACGUGGACACGUCCACGGGCGUGCGUGCCCACGUGAAGGAGUUUGCGGCUACAAUCCGUCGCAUCCAGUCUGACGCGGUCAUUGUUGUGGACGGUGUGUGCGCCACUGGCGGCGAGGAGACGCGCAUGAAGCAGUGGGACCUCGAUGUGGUGCUCACGGGCUCGCAGAAGUGCAUCGGCGUGCCCGCUGGACUGAGUCUGAUGGUCAUCCGACCGCGCGCGCUGCAGCUCUUCGAGAAGAACACGUCCACGGUUAAGUACUACGUGGACUGGCGCAACUGGCUGCCGAUCAUGAAGAACUACGAGGCCCGUCAGCCGAGCUACUUCGCCACGCCGUCGGUGAACCACCUCUUCGCCCUGAACGCGGCCCUGGACAUCCUGCUCGAGAACGGAGGCAUGGAGCAGCGCUUCAAGGAGCACAAGCUCAUCGGUGACGCCGUCAAGGAGGCCAUGAAGUCGCUGGGCUGCGCGCUGGUGACCGCGGACGACUGCGGCGCGAACACGCUGACCUGCGUGCGCUACCCCGCCGGCGUGGGCGCGGCCGACUUCCUGCCGAAGGUCGUGAAGCGCGGCGUCUCGCUUGCUGGCGGCCUGCACAAGGCCAUCAAGACGGAGUACUUCCGCAUCGGCCACAUGGGCCCGAGCACGCGGCGUCUGGACCACAUCCUGAAGACGGUGGAGGCCAUCGAGUGCGCGUUCAUCGAGUGCGGCCACAAGGUGGCGCAGCCCGGCAAGGCGGCCAAGGACCUGAAGAAGAAGCUGCAGGCGAUCAUCCCUGUGCGUCCGGCGUGCGGCUACGCCUCGGUCUACCACGGCUGCCCCGUGCCGCCCAAGUGCCAGGUGUACUCGAUCGGCACGGUGGUCAUCGCGUUCGCUGCCGGUCUUCUCCUCUCGCAGCUGAAGAGCAAGAUCUAG